CUCCCCAGUGUUGAGUGUCUGAGCCGUUGGCUGCUCCGAACCGUUUGGCUCUUUCCCUUAGUAACAGCUUUUACCUUCUGCCUCAAUUCCUCUCCCCGCUCGCGCCCUUCCCCCGCGCGCCGCCUCCCCCCGCCGCCGGCCGCGUGCGCCCCCGCCCCUCCCCCCGCGGCGGGAGCACCUCCGCUCGCCACCUGGGGACCCGCGCCGCGCUCCCCGCCCCCGCCCGCCCGGCGCCCAUCCCCCGCGCCCUCCGCUCGCCGGGGUUAUAAUUGCCUCUCACCCCCCGGAGGGGUUAUUUUGGGGGUGGUUGGAGGUGGCGGCGGCGGCGAGGAGGGGAAUUUCCUUGUGUCUCCAUUCCCGGGAGGGGGGAGCGGCGUUGGAGGCCACGGUUUCCAGCAUCAGCAACAGCGAUUUGUGAUUGGCAGUACCAGACAUUCAGUUGUACAUCCCCACAUCAAUGCACUGCCAAUGGAAAUUUGGACACAGACACAGAGGAAAAACAGUGUGAAGAGCCACAGGGAGAUAUGGCAAGGUGGCUAGAGUAAUGCAUCCAGGAGCCAAGGAAGCUAGGAGAGAUCCUUACUCAGCACCUUCAGAAGGAGCCCUGCCAACACCUUGAUGUUUGGACUUCUGACUUCCAAAACUGGUUAUAUCCUGUGUUGUGACCUCAUGGUUUAAGUGGGAAUAAAGAUGAGUAUAAGCAGUGAUGAGGUCAACUUCUUGGUAUAUAGAUACUUGCAAGAGUCAGGAUUUUCUCAUUCAGCGUUCACCUUUGGUAUAGAAAGCCAUAUCAGUCAGUCUAACAUAAAUGGUGCCCUCGUCCCGCCUGCUGCAUUGAUUUCUAUCAUCCAGAAAGGUCUACAGUAUGUAGAGGCAGAAGUUAGUAUUAAUGAGGAUGGUACCUUGUUUGAUGGUCGACCAAUAGAGUCUCUGUCACUGAUAGAUGCCGUAAUGCCUGAUGUAGUACAAACAAGACAACAAGCUUACAGAGAUAAACUUGCACAGCAACAAGCAGCAGCUGCUGCAGCUGCCGCAGCUGCAACAAACCAACAAGGCUCUGCAAAAAAUGGAGAAAACACGGCAAAUGGGGAGGAGAAUGGAGCACAUACUAUAGCAAAUAAUCAUACUGAUAUGAUGGAAGUGGAUGGGGAUGUUGAAAUCCCUCCUAAUAAAGCAGUUGUGUUACGGGGCCAUGAAUCUGAAGUUUUCAUCUGUGCCUGGAACCCCGUUAGUGAUCUCUUGGCAUCAGGGUCCGGAGACUCAACAGCAAGAAUAUGGAAUCUUAGUGAAAAUAGCACUAGUGGCUCCACACAGCUAGUACUUAGACAUUGUAUACGAGAAGGAGGGCAAGAUGUCCCAAGCAACAAGGAUGUGACAUCUCUAGAUUGGAAUAGUGAAGGUACACUUCUAGCAACUGGUUCCUACGAUGGGUUUGCCAGAAUAUGGACUAAAGAUGGUAACCUUGCUAGCACCUUGGGGCAGCAUAAAGGCCCUAUAUUUGCAUUAAAAUGGAAUAAGAAAGGAAAUUUCAUCCUAAGUGCUGGAGUAGACAAGACUACAAUUAUUUGGGAUGCACAUACUGGUGAAGCCAAACAACAAUUUCCUUUUCAUUCAGCGCCAGCAUUGGAUGUUGAUUGGCAGAGCAACAACACCUUUGCUUCUUGUAGUACAGAUAUGUGCAUUCAUGUCUGUAAGUUAGGACAAGACAGACCUAUUAAAACAUUCCAGGGACACACGAAUGAAGUAAAUGCUAUCAAAUGGGACCCAACUGGCAAUCUCCUGGCAUCCUGUUCUGAUGACAUGACUUUAAAGAUAUGGAGUAUGAAACAAGACAACUGUGUCCAUGAUUUGCAAGCACAUAAUAAAGAAAUUUAUACUAUCAAGUGGAGUCCAACAGGGCCAGGGACAAAUAAUCCAAAUGCCAACCUCAUGUUAGCAAGUGCAUCCUUUGAUUCUACUGUUAGAUUGUGGGAUGUAGACCGAGGAAUUUGCAUCCAUACUCUGACAAAACACCAAGAGCCUGUGUACAGUGUAGCUUUCAGUCCUGAUGGCAGGUAUCUGGCGAGUGGUUCUUUUGACAAAUGUGUGCACAUCUGGAACACACAGACAGGUGCUCUAGUUCACAGCUAUAGGGGAACAGGUGGAAUUUUUGAAGUUUGUUGGAAUGCAGCAGGAGACAAGGUUGGAGCCAGUGCAUCAGAUGGUUCAGUUUGUGUAUUAGACCUUCGGAAAUAGCGCUACUAGUUGGAAGCCAUGGACCGACUAUGAAUGUGUAUAUAGCCAAAAUGACUGUCCCCGACCCAAGUACUGCUAUAGUCCCACUUGAACCAUGGCCAGUCCACUACAGCCAAAUCUAAGAGAAAUAUAUACAUACAGUGUAUAUAAACAAAAUUGCACCCUGAAGAUGACAGAAUUUUGUCACAGCUUGUGAAUUCUGUUCACCAAGUGCUGGAAUCUAAUCUGCUGUGCCCCUAAAAUAGCAUUUAGAAGUUUUGGAUAUGAAAAACAGAAGAGAGAAAAAAAUAAGCGUUAUAAAAGCAGCCCAUACAUGUACGAGUUUUUGGAUACUAAUGACAGCCUUGUUUCUCCCCUUUGAAUCAGCAGACACCAUGGAUUAUAUUCUUUUUUCCCUUCAGUAGUUUAGCAGUUUGUAUGUACAGAGAAAACGGACUUACAAAAACUUGCAGCAGUAGUUUGUUCUUGCUUUUAAACUUUGUUUUUGGUUUAGUUUAUGGAUGCAUGAAGUAAGGGAGUGAAUCAGUUUCUUGUUUAUAUUUUUUUCACCUUUUAAACAAAAAAUUCUUAAAAAUAUUUUAAUGCAUUCUUUUGAAGAGAUAGAUGUUUGGUACAUUUAUGGCUCCCAGAGCAUAUAUUUGAUUGGUGCAUGUUGUAGAAGGGGGAAUUGGAAAUUAAAUGGAACUAUAUGACUUUGGUCAUGUCAAUCUGUAAGACACAUCAGUAAAAGGGUAUUAUGCUCUGUUUUUUGUUUUUGCUUUUGCUUUGUUUUUUUGUUGUGAGGUUUUUUUUGUUUUUUUUUUUUUCUCUUUGGUUUUUUUGUUUUGUUUUUUGGUGAUGUGGCUUAAAUGCAAUAGUUUCUUUUUUGGGACAUAUUUCUGCCAAUUAAAGACUAGAAGGGCACAAAGAAUUUUUUAAUACCAUAGAGAAGAUGCAUAAAAAAAAAUCUUCUGAUGUCUUGUAGCCAUAACUAAAUUAUGGUUAAAAUGUGCACUAUUGUGAAAAGGAGCAAAGUAGGUUUGGUUUUUUUUUGUUGUUUGUUUAUUUGUUUCUUUUGCUUUGUUUUUUAAGAGAUUAAAAUGUUUCUGGAUAAGGAUUAGCUUCUCAAAGUGUCCAUCAUUCUGUGUAGAAGCUUAAAUAUGUAAUGUAACCAAACUCCAGUAUUAAAAAUCUCUCAUGUUAUUUUUCUUUUUACAAAGCAAGAUAACAACAUAUAACACUGCCAUUACAUGGCAAAAUGUUUGCUACCUUAGUUUAAAAACAAUCUUUAAAACAAAAGACUUGCUUCAAGGUGUUUUCACAUAGCAGUGAUUCAAAAUUUUUUUAAAAGGUAUAAUUGCACUAACCUCCCUGCUGCUCUAAUUCUGCAUUUGUGGUACUUGUGACUACAUUUUUUCAAAUAAUAGAUAGAUUUAAGCUGCUAUGUUUUGUUUUUUCAGUAAUCACUACUAUAUCAUGUCUUUUACUCUGUUUAUAAUAUCACAUAUUUUCUUAAAGGUAUAGGUAUCAGAUCAGAAACCUCCUGUGCUCAUGCAACUAAAAGCUAAACUAUACAGAAUCUACAAAUGAUAGCAUGGGGCUAUGUUUAUAUGUGUGAUUAACAGGGUUUGUCAUGAUUAAUGUAAUAAUCCAGAAGUGUCGAUUUUGAAGAGAAUAGUUGUCAAAUUUAUGUCUCAAAGAUUUUAAUUAAGGAAUAUCAUUUAUUAUCAAGCCUGGCAAAUUUAUAACACUAUCUCUGUCACUAAUUAUUUUGAAGCUUUCUACUGCUAAAAUUUUAACCUAUGUUUUAAGUAGAAACUGAUUUAACCCAAGUAAUGCAGCUUUGAUUUUCAGCAUUUGUUGUUUUGCUAUUUUUACAAAACAGCAUUGAUUGAAGCAAGUCUUGGUUUUACUAAGGUAGGAUAGCAUUUGCUAUUGGUAAAGAGAAUAAAUACACUUAAUUUCACAAUACAUUGUUAUGUGUACCCCAGUUGUUGUUAGUGGGGACUAUGAUACUGUAAUAAUAUUUUUUAAAAUUUACAUCCAGAGAGGCAGUCAUUCAUGAUGGUUUUGUGCCAGCUGUUUUUAGGGUUUUCGAUCACAUUAUAGAUAUUUAGAACUAUUACCCUGUGACUUAUGUAGGAAACCUAAUAUGCUGAGUAUCUGGCACUUGAAAUCCUGCUUUUAUUGCUGGAGGUCCACAUCUGUGGUUGACCUCUGUUGUUGUUUUAAAAAAGUAAAUAAAAUUUUAAAAAUCUG